CUCCCGCACACUCCACACUCACUUACACACAGAGACACACACAAACACUACUCAGAUAACACACAAACUUUUAAAAAACAAAUGGCGGAUCUUAAAACUAAUUUCGGUCUCCUGGUGGGUAGCGGCUCAGUGCCCAAAUCCCACCCUGGCACCCAGGCGACGUCUACCGACGGCGCCCAGGGCCCAGGCUGCCCCACCGUAUCAGGAGGGGGCAAAGACCCGCAAACCAUCGGUUCGACAAUGAUGAAAACAACGACCUCGGCUACUAACAUGGACAUGUCCUCCCUUGCCGAAGCGAUCCCUGUGCCUGCCAGCGCAAGCACAUGGACGCUUGUGGCCCCCAAGCAAAGACGGAAAAACAAGGGGAACAGGACAGACAGACGGACACGAAAACAAACGGACACACAGGCAGACGAACAGACGGACAAAUUGAAAAACAGACCGACGGACGUUAGGGAAAACGGAGGCGGGAAGCGAAAGGAACCCGACUGCCCAAGCGCGGACGCCAGCCACUUGGCCGGAGGAAGCAAAGGUGGAAGCGAGGGACGACCCCCACUAAGUGGCGGCCGGCCUUCUGCGGACACUGGCGCAACCCCUGGCUGUUCCGCAGGCGAACAGGCGAGCGGGCAGGUAUCGGCCCCCGAUCGCAACCCUAAUGCCUCGGGGGAGUCGAGCACCAACACUGUCGGGGCUGGGCAAACCGCAGUCGAGGACAGGGGGAACGAUGGUGGUCACACUGACCCCGACGGGAACCCAAUCCAGGCGCGGGGCGCAACGGGCCCUGGCGGUUCCAACACCGCUCGACCCCCAACUACAACAACAACAAAAACAACAUCCAACAAACCUACAGAUAAAACAGACGCACCAAAGACCUUGAACCCACCUAAAGCGAGGGCACGCCCGCGCUUUAGGAAGCGGAACAGGGGACAGACAAAAGACAGACAGGACCCCGGGACGUCAUCUAGUCAGACGAACAAGAAAAGAGACAGACUUGACGACACGAUCUCACCCAGGGGGGAACACAAACGCGCACGGACUGACGACAGACACACCCGAGAUGCGAAGGGCUCCUAUGCCACAGCAGUCCAAUCGCAUCUGAGCGUCGCUGUAACCACCACUCCCAGAGUCGACCUUACCCAAGAUGAGGCGAAUGCCAUUCAGGCCCAGAUACAGAAGGCGAUUUUCGCGGCCUGUAUCGAGCCUCUGGCACCAGGCCAAACCCGAUACGCCCCGGCGUUUGAGGGCAAGGCCUUCCUCAGCGAGGGCGUACUAAAAAUGUGGUGCCACGAUGACCAAGCCUGUAACUGGCUCAUAAACGUGGUGCCAAAACUAACAUCACCCAGGAGCGGAACAGGGCUCACUGUGAUAAGACAGACCGAGAUUCCAGUCAGGGUUAGGUCGGGACUUUAUGUCCCUGACUACGACGGGGAGAUAGGCCAGCUACACCAGGUCCUAUCUCACCAAAACCCCUGGUACGGAGUGUCACAGUGGACCCUGUUCAGCUACCGAAGAACAACCAGCAGCCCUCCUGGUGUGUUCCUAAUAUUAGGAAUCCCAAAUGAAGAGCUGCCAACGAUUCUGGCGCGCGGCAGGAAGGUCGCCUAUUCCACGGGCUCCAUCUACAUCAGGUUCUUCACGAGUGAAGGACUAAGUGAUGUACCACCCGGGCAUGACUCAGCGCCUGAAACUCGAGAGGAGCCUGAUGCGGAUCGGGCCAUGGAUGUGGAUGGACCAACCGGCCAGCUCCCAGUGACACCUGAGCCUUCCGUGAGCGCUGUCCUCGACAACAUCGAGGAAGUUCUGGCGGACUCCCGGACCAACACGAAACCACGGGAGAGAAAGGCGACACACAACGCUCCAGACGCAACAGCCCCCGCCGAACAACCACCGGCGCAGAGGGCGACAAAAUAAA